GCGGCGCGGUGCGGUGCGGCGGGGCCGCAUGAGGUUGAUGCUGCUGUGCUGCACCUGGAGGGACGAGCCCAUGGGGGAGGAGGAAGGGAGCGACCUGCCGGUGUGUGCGAGCUGCGGCCAGGGCAUCUACGACGGGCAGUACCUGCAGGCGCUGAACGCCGACUGGCACGCCGACUGCUUCAGGUGCUGUGAGUGCGGGGCGUCGCUGUCCCACCAGUACUACGAGAAGGAUGGGCGGCUGUACUGCAAGAAGGACUACUGGGCGCGCUUCGGGGAGCUGUGCCAUGGCUGCGCCGAGCAGAUCACCAAGGGGCUCGUCAUGGUGGCCGGGGAGCAGAAGUACCACCCCGAGUGCUUCAGCUGCCUCAACUGCCACACGUUCAUCGGGGACGGGGACACUUACGCGCUGGUGGAGCGCUCCAAGCUGUACUGCGGGCACUGCUAUUACCAGAUGGUGGUGACGCCGGUCAUCGAGCAGAUCCUGCCCGACUCGCCGGGCUCCCGCAUCCCACACACCGUCACCCUCGUCUCCAUCCCCGCCUGCUCCGACGGCAAGCGCGGCUUCUCCGUCUCCAUCGACCAGCACUGUGGCACCCAGGGCUGCGGCGCCGAGCACUCGCGCACCGUCCGUGUCCGAGAGGUGGACCCGGACUGCAUCAGCCCUGACAUGAAGAACUCCAUCCACGUGGGUGACCGCAUCCUGGAGAUCAACGGCACGCCCAUCGGCCACGUGCCGCUGGACGAGAUCGACCUGCUGAUCCAGGAGACCAGCCGUCUGCUCCAGCUGACCAUCGAGCAUGAUCCCCACGAGCCCCUGGCCCGCGAGUCGGCGCUGGCGUGCAGCCCCCUAACUGACCUGCGCAGCCCCCUGCGCUCCCCGGCCCCCACGCCCUGCGGGGAGCUCGGUGCCAUGCGCCAGCGCACCGUCAUGAGGAGCUGCAGCACGGACAAGUCGCCAGGCUCCAGCUCGGUGGGCUCGCCCGCCUCCCAGCGCAAGGACAUCGGCCGCUCCGAGUCGCUGCGCGUCGUCUCCCGCGCCCACCGCAUCUUCCGCCCCUCCGACCUGAUCCACGGCGAGGUGCUGGGCAAGGGCUGCUUCGGCCAGGCCAUCAAGGUGACGCACAGGGAGACGGGUGAGGUGAUGGUCAUGAAGGAGCUGAUCCGCUUCGACGAGGAGACGCAGAGGACCUUCCUCAAAGAGGUGAAGGUGAUGCGCUGCCUGGAGCACCCCAACGUACUGAAGUUCAUUGGGGUGCUCUACAAGGAGAAGAGGCUCAACUUCAUCACCGAGUACAUCAAGGGGGGCACCUUGCGGGGCCUCAUCAAGAGCAUGGACAGCCACUACCCCUGGAGCCAGCGGGUCAGCUUCGCCAAGGACAUCGCCGCCGGCAUGGCCUACCUCCACUCCAUGAACAUCAUCCACCGCGACCUCAACUCCCACAACUGCCUGGUGCGGGAGAACAAGAGCGUGGUGGUGGCUGAUUUCGGGCUGGCGCGGCUCAUGGUGGAUGAGAAGAACCAGCCCGAGCAUCUCAAGAACCUGAAGAAGCCGGACCGCAAGAAGCGCUACACGGUGGUGGGCAACCCGUACUGGAUGGCCCCCGAGAUGAUCAACGGGAGGAGCUAUGAUGAGAAGGUGGACAUCUUCUCCUUCGGCAUCGUCCUCUGCGAGAUCAUCGGCCGGGUCAGCGCCGACCCCGACUACCUGCCCCGCACCACCGACUUUGGCCUCAAUGUCCGGGGCUUCCUGGACCGCUACUGCCCCCCCGCCUGCCCCCCCAGCUUCUUCCCCAUUGCCGUCUGCUGCUGCGACCUGGACCCCGAGAAGCGGCCAUCCUUUGGCAAGCUGGAGCAGUGGCUGGAAACCCUGCGCAUGCACCUGGACAUCCACCUGCCGCUGAGCUCGCAGCUGGAGCAGCUCACCCGAGCCUUUUGGGAGACGCACCGGAGGGGCGAGGGGGGGCUGCCCCCCCACCCUGAGCUCCCCGACAGAGCCCCCCACCUGCACCCCGUCUAAGCUGCUGAGAUGGGAGCCGCAGCCAGCAUCUCCUCUGGCCCGGGGCCGGCCCCGGAGCCACCCUCGUGUCCCCUGUGCUCGCGCCCCGUCCCUGGGAGCUGGCUCUCCCUGGGCAGCACAGCCUGCACGGCCCUCCCAUACAUAGCCCCGGCCCCCCAGGAGCGAGGGGCAGGGGGGACAUCCCCCCCUCCGCUCACUUGGUGACCACACGGCCCCCCGCUUUGCACGCCCGGGGGCUCCCCUGUCCCACACCCGUGUCCUCGCGGAGGUGCCUUGGGUUUCCGUGAACUUGCACUGCAACACAGUAGGGGCGUCCCCGUUCCUCCUUGAGUGGUGGGGGGCACGGUCACUGUCCCCACCCCUUCCACCGUCGGGCAUCCUCAUAGCGAUGCCCCGGCUGUCCCCACUGACGCUGCUCCCGCCCCGUCCCUGCGGGCACAGCGAGCGGUACCUGCGGUGUGGGGACGGGCACGCGGCGCUCCCCACGUCUCCGCAGAGCUCCCCCUGUCCCCGCUGCCUGCGCUGUGCCGUGACCACCACGUCCCCGGGGGGCCCCUGGGCUGAGCCAGGUCUCGGUGCACCCGUGGGCGUGGGGACGUCUCGAUCCCCUCGAGGGCCAACACGAGGGGGCUGCUCCAUGCGGUGCUUUUCAUGCUCUUUAUUCAGGUUCAUUUUCUGUAAGAUAUUUAAAGAGAAGAGUUUGUAUUAUUUUUUCAUACGACGUAGUUUGCCAUUUGUCACUGCCUCAGUUCUGCUUUACCGAAGGAUGAAACUGUGAAGCCUCUCCACGCACUUUGCCCGGGAAGUCAAACGCGACGUCCUCUCCGGAGGCGGGAAGGGAACUCAAACUGUGAUGUACCCCGGCCCUCGGUCAAUAAAUCCUUCCCCGCUCGCUGC